AUGCGGAAAGUAGGAUUAGUGGCGAAAGCGGAUAUGCGCGCGGCUGCGGAGUUGCGCAUUCAAACGCCGCUCGCGGAGCUGCGCACUGCGCCCGCGGCUACGGCGGGGGAACUGCACACACCUGAUUCUUUGCGCACAUUCGCUGAGUCGCAAGCGUGUGCCGUGGAAGCGCGCCCCGUGUUGGCGGCGGAGCUGCGCGGCUGCCCGCGUUUGGCGGAGCUUUAUGAGGUUGGGCGCGAGCUGGGGCGCGGCCACUUCGGGGUCGUGCGACUGUGUGAAGACCGUGCGACGGGCGAACGAUUCGCGUGCAAGACGAUAUUGUUGAGCGGCGUGCGGCGCCGCAGCGAUCUCAUGGAGCUGAGGGCGGAAGUGCUGUCGCUGCUGCGCCUGCAGGAGGGGCAGGGGGAACAGGGGGCAGGGGAGCGGGGAAGGGGGGAAGGCGGAGCAGGCAGCGCGGAUGGGGAGCAGGAGGAGCUGGCGUUCGUACGGCUGUACGAGGUGGUGGUUGAAACGCGGACGGCGUUACAUCUCAUCCUGGAGUACUGCCCGGGUGGCGAUCUGUUUGGCCUCGUUAUGAGGCAGAAGCGCCUCACCGAAGCACAGGCCGCUGCUGUGUUCAGGCAGUUGCUGCUGGCAGUGCACACCAUGCAUCGCACCGGCAUAGUGCACCGCGACCUCAAGCCAGAGAACAUACUCUCUUCUCCCUCCCCCACUCUCCUAGUGUCCCCGCCCAUCCGCUCUCUCCCCUCGCCAUCUCCCGUUCCUCCUCUUUCUCCAACUUCUCCGUUCCAUCUCCCACAAUCCUCCCUGCCACUCUCCCCCUCCCUCAUCUCCCAUCCCUCCUCCCCCCUUCUUUCCCGUCCACCCUCUCCCCUUCCCACCGCUUCCCCUCCUCCUCGUGCACCUACUCUCCCCCCUCUCCCUCCUCUCUGCUCGUCCUCUCCUCCCACUCACGCCACCACCGCCACCAACCCCCCGCCCUGUGCGUGCACGGGCGUGCGAGUGAAGAUAGCUGAUUUCGGGCUGGCAGCGGCGCUGGCGCGCGGGCAGACAGCGGCGUGUGGGGUGGUGGGGUCGCCCUUGUAUAUGGCGCCUGAGAUCAUCCGGGGGAGGCCCUAUGCGGGGGAGGUCGACAUGUGGAGCCUCGGCUGCGUCCUCUACACCUGCCUCUCGGGUACUGUGCCUUUUCACGGAAGGACUCACCGUGAGGUUUUCGCUUCGGUGUUAGGUUCGGCGCCGGACUUGAAAGGCGAGGUAUGGCAGGGCAUUUCGAGGGAGGCUAAGCAGCUGUUAAGGUGUCUGCUUGUAACGGAUCCUGGGCGCAGGCUCAAGGCUCAUGAGGUGCUGAAACACCCGUGGGUGAGAGCGGCGUGUGGAGGGGAGUGUGGGAGCCACGAGAGGGAGUGGGGGAAGGAAAAGAAGAGGGAUAACGGGCAGAGGGUCAUGGGGGAGGGGGGUUGCAAGACCGACUGCAGCAGUGGGAUGGGCGAUUGCAGGAAUGAAAAGAGUCUUGCAGCAGAGUGCAAGGUGAGUGGUGGAGUGGUACAUGUGGAAAAGGCAUGUGUGGGAAACCAUUCUGAGGAAGGCGCGGAUGGGCAGCAUGUGGUGGGGUGUGAGGAGUGCUGCCCUGGGCGCCAGGCACGCAGUCCCCGAACUUGCUGUCACAGCAGCCGUGCCUGUGCUGCUGGCAGGCUUGCUCAGCAGAAGAAGGCGGGUGGCGGUGCAAGCAGGCGCCAUGACACAGCAGAGACGGGGCACGUGCAUGGGCUGGCCAGGGGGGGCAGGAGUGGGAGAAGCGUGAGCACUGCUUCUUGUGACGCGUGCUUGCCUUUCAUCCGAGAACCAUCGGAGCAGAGCACACAGCAUAGUGGGGCAGCAGUAGGCGGGGAUGCUGAAGAGAAGGGGGCGAGGUGGACAGCAACAGUGCAGGAUUGCGCUGCUCCAAGCUGCACGCAGGCUGGAGACUUGGGCUUGGGAGGUGGUGCGCAGGGUGCAGGCUGCUCACUGUAA